CGUUCUCAGGAUUGGACGCUCCAACCGUCAAUCGUAACCAUAGUAAUCAGGCUAGGUUGGCCGAUUGACGGAAGCGCGAGCGGAAUCUUCAUGAAGUUUCGCUGCGGUGGCGGCGACAGCGAAGAUGGUGAUAAUAUUGAUAACGUGAAACCAUCGGAAGCGGCGGCCGAGUCUGUCCAACCGCAGCCCGGAUUCAGCAGAGCGGCCGUUUGCCAGAGGUCGUGCAGCUCCGCGGGGGAUACGAGACGUUAGCAAUCUGUGGCCGGGGAAAACGCGAAUCCUCCUGGAGAGAGAAACCGCCAGGGUCAGGGAGGAGGAAAACACAAAAACAGAUCCACAGCUAUACUUGGGGACAGAGAGAAAGAGAGACACCGACAGAUAUAACCGCGUGAAGAGGGAGUGAGAAAGAUAGCCUCCCUUCUCUCUUCGUACACUCUCACACAAAAAUACACCAAAAGGACGCAGUCUUGUGUAAUCUUUCCAAGGGCAGGGAGAGAGAGAGACAUCUGAAUGUGGCGAGAGACAUCUGAAUGUGGCGAGAGACAGAAACCCGCUGUCACCUAGGUUAGAGAGGAACAGCCACAUACAUCGAACUCGGGAGGAUCAAACAGUAACACGAAGAGAGCGGUAUUAAUUCAUCCUACGGAAAAGUGACAACUUCGGGAAGGAGAGUGAGAGAGAAGGGUUAAACAGUGCUACUGAACCUCCGCAAACAGGAACAGAAAGCGAGAAUGUGGGCUUAGGGACAGACGCAGAGUGGGAGAGCUCAGUGGGAUAUAAUUUAAUCGAUUUGUUAUAGUCAAAAACCGUGCAGUAAUAGCAUUCGCAGGAUUGUUGGAACAUUUUCCUUUGGAGCCUGGUACCUUUCCACUGCUGCUUUUUUGUUUAAAAAUAGCCCUUAUUGGUAACCAUGGGCCUGCCGGCACUUGAGUUCAGUGAUUGCUACCUAGACAGUCCACAAUUCCGGGACAGAAUCAAGUCUCAUGAAGCAGAGCUGGAAAAAACAAAUAAGUUCAUUAAAGAUCUGAUUAAAGAUGGAAAAGCAUUGAUUCAGGCAAUGAAAAAUCUGUCUGUUGCAAAGAAGAAGUUUGCAGAAUCUUUAAAUGAAUUUAAGUUUCAGUGUAUUGGAGAUGCGGAGACAGAUGAUGAGAUCAAUAUAGCGAGGUCACUUCAGGAGUUUGCAGGAGUUCUAAAGAGCCUUGAAGAUGAGCGGGGACGUUUGAUUGAGAAUGCUGGUGAUGUUUUAAUCAGUCCAUUGGAAAGAUUUCGGAAAGAGCAGAUUGGAGCUGCAAAGGAAGCAAAGAAAAAAUAUGAUAAGGAAACAGAAAAGUAUUGCAAUUUGCUGGAAAAACAUUUAAAUUUGUCAUCGAAGAAAAAAGAUUCUCAUCUUCAAGAGGCAGAUUGUCAGGUUGAUGUCGUCCGACAGCAUUUCUAUGAAGUGUCACUGGAAUACGUAUUCAGAGUGCAUGAAGUGCAAGAACGAAAGAUGUUUGAGUUUGUGGAACCAGUAGGUGAACGGUUUAAAUUACACUGGCUUAUGGUACUGACUGACUGA